AAUAGGAUGAAGGUUGGAACUGUAACAGACGAACUAAACGAGUAUUUCAAGAGGGACUGGGAGUUAGACACCAAGAAAGCAGAGACAAUAACUCUUAAACAAGCCCGACUAUGGAUAGAGGCUGUGUUCAGCAAGAAGCACGGCAGCGACUUGGACUUCAAGAAAGCGCUUACUGACGGCAUUCUUCUAUGCAGGAUCAUAAACAAAGUCAUUCCAAACACCAUCCCAUUUGUUAACGUAGGGAGAAAUCCGAUUACCUGGCUUGAAAAUGUACAGUUUUUCUUGGAUGGGUGCCGAAGAGUUGGGUUAAAAGAAGACAUGUUGUUUGAACCAUAUGAUAUAAAAUACUUCGGGAAUGACGACUUGGAGUUGGAGCGAAGGAACAAUAAGAUAGCAGUAACACUGUUCUGGCUAUCCCGUAUAGCUAAGGACCUCCCCAUAUUUUCUGUGAUAGAGCACAAUCAGACUAUAGUGGAGAAGGUUGAGAUAGACGGUGCUGAAAAGAAGAUGGAGAGUUUGGAGACUGCUCACGUGAUGACGAACGGAAAUGGAGAGACGGUGUACUCUAGGAAAUGCACUAAUCAUAAUAAGGAGCCUGAUAAGGAGAGAAGGAAGAGCGUAGUAUUUGAGGAUGACUUGUGUGAUAUCUGCAAGAGGAACAGAUCACGAGCAGAGUCCGAGGAUAAGCCAGGACGACCAGGGUCGGAGGAGGAUGGCAAGUUCACUUUGCUGGUAGAGAAGUCAGAGAAGAGCAAUGAGUUUGGGGUGACCAUCAAGGAAACUGACACCAACUACCCCAUCAUUACUGCCGUACAAAAAGACUCGUACGCACACAAAUCAGGGUUAUCAAUCGGAGACUAUGUGAUCACGAUAAACGGUAUCAAUACUGGUAAUAUGAGUCUGCUGGAAAUCAACGACAAAAUCAAAUCUGUUUUCACAGAAGGACACGUUUACUUAGGAAUUUGUAGGCUUCCUCCGAACGAAACUCUCACUCAAAAACAUAAAGACAGUACCCUGUUCCAACAACGUGUAAAGAACAGAAGUAUUCCAGACAAGCCCCCAAUAGUGGAAAAGGCGGUUCCUGUUGUAGCAACACAGACUAUCAGUGAGGUUCAGACUGUUAGUGAGCCGGAGAAUGAUGUGCCUUUAGUCAGGUCAAAGACUAUCAGCAAUGUUCAGUCCACUCCUAUUGCUCCAGGGCCGGAUCUCUCAGAGUGGAGAGAAAUGUUGGAGAAACACAAGCGGGAAACUUACAAAACAGAACUAGAUCACGCCACCAUACGAGACCUCUGGAACAAAUACAUCAAGACGUCGGAGAUUGACGAAGUUCUGAGUGAAGUCGACAAAUUUGAUAUCAACAAAGCAAAUAAAUUCAAGGAAAGUGUUGUUCAAACUGACGGUAACGAUUCUCUCAACAGAAAUCUCACUCUCGUUGGACACAAGCUGAGGCGCAGUGCAGACACUUUUAAUAACCACGUACUAUGCGGUUGCUGUGUCCAGGCUAUCGGUACCGAGGCAUCUAUCCACCUUGAGGAGACCAAUUUCACGUAUCACCAGAAGUGCUUCUCUUGCAAGCAUUGUGAGGUUAUGUUAAUAGAAAACACAAAGCUUCUUUACAAUGUAUUUGUUGUGGAUGGACUACCUUAUUGUGAUGUUUGCAUCAAGAAGAUGGGAAUGAUAAGAUUAGGAAAAGUUAAGAAGAUGCCAUUGAAAACGUCAGUAUGAAAUCAUUGCUCUUAACGAAAUUUUCGCUAUAAAUAAGGAUAGCAUCUAUGAUCUUACACCGUGCAAACCGGCCAACAGUCAACAGAUGUCAAUUGGAAAAGAAAAAUAGGAUCAAGAUUAACAUUUAACCUUCAAAACAUAGCAACUCUCGUUCAUACAAUAUGCGUAAAACAGGAUUCUUUGAAACGUAAAGAAUAAAGGGUUUCUUUUAAUGUUGAGAAAAUCGAAAGUUUUAAAUCUAGAGAUUGUCUUGUAUAGAAAUUUUGAUCGAUCAUAAACAUGAUAAAGACCAUGAAUAAUAAUUUGGAUGGUAAUCCAUUUGAGUCUGGAUUAUGUUGACUCCCUUAUCAGUGAAGUUAGAGGUGAAGUUUGUUCCCUGAGCAUAUAAGAAACUUUAUCUUGGAGGAUAAAUUGGUCUUUAUCUACUUUUGCUGUUAUCAUUCUGCGGAUUAGAGCUGUUAUUCAUUUUGUGCAGUUACCAAUUGUAUUUUACAUGUACAGAAUAUUAUUUUCAUUCAGAACGUUAUAAAUGAAAAGCGUAUUAUUUUUUUGAUUUCCAAGGCGAAUACUGUAGAAAUAAUUGUGUCAAAAUCAC